AUGUUGCAGCAGAGCAAAAUCCUGAAGGUCAUCCAUAAAAAUAUUGUCAAGAAGUGCCUAGAGCUCUUCUCUGAACUGGCAGAAGAUAAAGAGAAUUAUAAAAAGUUCUAUGAGGCCUUCUCAAAAAACCUCAAACUUGGAAUCCAUGAGGACUCUACCAAUAGGCACCGUUUAUCUGAACUAUUGCGUUAUCAUACAUCUCAGUCUGGAGAUGAGAUGACUUCUUUGUCUCAAUAUGUGUCCAGAAUGAAGGAAUCCCAGAAAUGCAUCUAUUAUAUCACUGGUGAGAGCAAGGAACAAGUGGCCAACUCUGCUUUUGUUGAAUGGGUACGGAAACGUGGUUUUGAAGUAGUAUACAUGACAGAGCCCAUUGAUGAGUACUGUGUGCAGCAGCUAAAGGAGUUUGAUGGGAAGACCCUUGUCUCUGUUACUAAGGAAGGUUUAGAACUUCCAGAGGAUGAAGAAGAGAAGAAAAAAAUGGAGGAAAGCAAGGCAAAAUUUGAAAACUUGUGCAAGCUAAUGAAGGAAAUUCUGGAUAAGAAGGUUGAGAAAGUGACAAUCUCUAAUCGGCUGGUGUCUUCACCCUGUUGCAUUGUGACUAGCACAUAUGGUUGGACAACCAACAUGGAAUGCAUCAUGAAGGCACAGGCAUUGAGAGACAACUCCACAAUGGGUUACAUGAUGGCCAAGAAGCACUUGGAGAUAAACCCAGAUCACCCCAUUGUGGAGACUCUCAGGCAGAAGGCUGAGGUUGACAAGAAUGACAAGCCUGUGAAAGAUCUGGUGGUGCUGCUUUUUGAGACAGCUCUGCUGUCUUCAGGUUUCUCCCUUGAAGAUCCCCAGACUCACUCAAAGCAAAUUUAUCACAUGAUUAAGCGAGGGCUUGGCAUUGAUGAGGAUGAGGUGACAGCAGAGGAGCCCAGUGCUGCUGUUCCUGAUGAGAUUCCCCCACUUGAAGGCGAUGAAGAUGCAUCCCGCAUGGAGGAGGUGGAUUAAAAAGAAACCUCUGCAUAAGACCCCAGCCUCUGUAUAGUUUCCCAUGUUUCCCACAAUAGCAGUAGAGGCCCUGUCCUGCCUGGCUCCAUCUGCCAAUGUCUAGUGGUGUUUUUUCCCCCUUCUGUUUUCCAGUGUAUUAGGGCAGGGCUUACAGGGUCCCUGUUACCCCUCCCCCCAUGUGAGGAGUAGGAUGUUGUGUAUUGUGGGCUGUUUGUUUAUUUUGUUCUGAAAUUAAAGUAUGCAGAAUAAAGAGAAAAAAAA